AGAUUCCUCGAAACCCAGUUUUUCUUCGUAUCCACAACAUCUUGGUCUGCAUAUCUCAAAUCUAAUGACAUUUUUGCCUCUUUUCCCUUCUUCCCUCCCCCGCCCGAUAAGUCGUCCAAUCUCAGCCAUCGACGUGUGAAGAGCAAAUACGCUACAGAACCGGACCUCAGGCACCGCUCGCCAAUCUUCAGUCCCCUUCACGUGUGCCGGAUGCUCUCUGGCAUGGCACAACAGGCCCUCUGCUCUCCGAGCCCUCCAACGCGGCGCAAGCGUGUCCGUGAAUCCGAGUCGUGCUCCGAGUCGCCGGAGCCCCAAUGCCACGAGCCAUCGGGAAGCCGUAGGCUGGCUCAAGCUUGUGGGACACUGGAACCGGAGCAAUUGUCCCAACAACUCGUCUCCGAUCUCCGAUUGGCUGGGAUCCCGCUCACACGCUCUGAGCGCGCAAGGAUCGUCACCUUCCGCGAUCAGGUGCAUCUGGCCAUGCGCGCCUGGGACGAUGUGCACGUACCAGAUCUGGCCACUGAGGUUGGUCAUAAAACGACUACUAUCGCAUAG